AUCGAUCUCCCGUUUCUAAAGCAACCACAAACGCUGUCGCCGUAUUUUCCCAAUACAAUUAAUAUAUUAUGGCGUUAAAUCCUUUAGCAAAUCCAAAAGGUGUAAAAUUAUUGUGUGAACUUUGUCAAAAACCAGCAUUUGUUCAGUGUAUGAAGUGCCGAGUAACAUUUUAUUGUGGCAAAGAACACCAGGAUGCAGACUGGAUGGGAAUACAUAUGAAGAUUUGUCAGUUGUUGAUCCCUCUACGGACGGUCUCGCUGCCAUUUUUGCCAUCGGAAGAAGACAGACAGAAACGAGAAGCUGAAAAGUUACGGAGACAAAGGGACAUGAUAGACUUGACAAGAACUAUGGGUCAGAAGUUGUUGUUUGAGGGUCGACAUGAACAGGCUGUGCCAGCAGCAAUGCAGUCACUACGUUUCAGCAUUGAUGUACAUGGUUUGGACAGCAUCCAACUUGUUCCAUCAUACCUCAUACUUGCUGAGGCUAGCAUAGGUCUGCACAAACUGACACAAGCAGAGGAGUACCUUGCACAAGCUCAGUGGACAGUUCUGAAGACUCCAGGUUGCAGCAACGCCAUCAAAUCCAAACUCUACCGUAACCUAGGCCUGCUUUUUGCUGCAAAAGGGGAAUAUCAAACUGCCCGGGCUCACCUAGCUGAUGAUAUCUAUCAUGCAUCCGAAGAGUUUGGGACAGACGACAUCCAAACAUCUGGGGGCUACUUCCACAUGGCAAAUGUAUUCUUCCGUCAGAAUCGAAUGGACAUUGCAGAUUCUUUAUACACGAGAGUUACUGCUAUUUGGCACAAACACCUUCUAGGAAUCAUUAGCCAACGGAUUCAUCCACCAAUGACAUCAUCUGGGGUUGGUCCAGCAUCCAUUGAGAAACCAUCUGAGGAAACACUUGAUGAGGCCCAGCAAGCAGAGGCUAAACAAGUACUGCAUGCAAUCCAUGACAUCAGAGAGCAGUCAACCAAUCACGGUCCUGAUAUGUUGUCACGCAUCUGCCAUGCCCUGGCCAUGUUGUAUUACCUACUUGACAGCAAUGAUAAGGCCCAAGAAUUUGGAAACAAAGCACUUUCUAUGAUUCAUGAUACCGACUCUGAAGACAGCCAGCUUGCACUUGAUAUUAAAGACUUCAAUAUGUUUAUAACCAACUUGUAGGCCUAUAGAAUUAUGUCCCCAUUGAACUUUACUGCUUGAUUUACAACCUUCAAGAUUAACUGUGUACAUAUACUGUAUUAUUAUUAUACUCAGAAAUUUUAUUAAAUUGUUUUAGUCUCAAUAUCA